GUAGCUCAGCCCCUGGCUAGAUUGAGAGAGCAGACACAAAGCAGAAUGCACACAAAUAAAGAAAACACAUUAACAUACACACACUCAUCCUGCAAGCUUGGGGUCAUAGAGCACGCCUAUAAAAGCGCCAAGCUGAUUGCAUAAUGCAAGCAACAUAAAGGGGGCAAUGGAGAUUUAGAGUAGCAAUCUCACCCUCAUGCACCCAUACACAAACACACACUGAUGAAGGGAUUGCAUAAGUAAGGAGAGGGGAUGGAUUUAGGUCACGGUGACUCUGGGAGCCACUGUGAGUGAUUAAAGCAGACACUCUCAGGCAACUGGCGCUCAGUCUGGGUCUGCAGAGCCAGCAAAGGACAGACGGACGGACGGAUGGAAGGAAGAUGGGGAGAACGUGGCCGGCCUUCCGACAUGUCAGCUCAUUCCACUUGAAUGCUGUUCUAUUCCUGAGCAGCCUGUGUGCCCGUCCCAAAAUAAAACACCAUGAAGGAGUGGGUGAGCAUUGCACUUGCAUAUGCACAAAUUCUCCUUCUGGAUCCCUGAACACACCAUGAACAGUCAAAUAUGAAAUGAAUGGAAACCCCGCAAUGGAGGGUGGAUCACUAGAAAACAUUUGCUCCAAAUUAUUGUUUUAGACUUUCAAUUUGAGAUUUUUUUUUUACUUUUAUUUCAUGUUAUAUUCUUUGUAAUAUGAUUUUGCCAUGGAUUGUAUUUAUUAUUUGAGUUUUUGUUUUUUAUGAAAUUUUUAUUUCUAUUUUAGUUUUGUCUUGGUCAUAUUUGACUAAUUCUACUCCACGCACGCACACACUCAGUUACUAUGUAUUAUUUAGUGUUCUGAAGAUUUCCAUACUAAGCAAUCUGUAUAAAAGAUGCCAUUAAACAUUUAAAAGGACGACGUAGCCUAUUGACACCAGUAAAAUAUUUAGGUGCAAUCCAUCUAAGCAACUCAGCAAUUUCUCCCAUUGUUUUCCACUAAUCAUUGUCCUACUCCAAGCAGUGAAAGUCUUUCUCUCUCUCUCUUUCUUUCCCAUUGAGAGAGCCACCGUGGAUGUUCUGAAACAAAUUGUUCCAGUCGCUAUAUUACAUAACAGCAGCAUUUUGUUGGCUACUGAUAUAACCGCAGGCUCACUAACACUUUUCCUGGGAUUGAAAUGGCUCAUGACCCGCAUGUGGUGGGUGAUGCAUAAAAAACACAUAAUACAGUCUAGCCAGGCCUAGGUGGGCUGUUGUUGGACACUUUGGUGUAUGCUGCCCUCUUGUGGAACUGAAACGCAAACACAUGUUUUUGUUGCCCUCACUGAACCCUUGUUUGUUUCAUAUGGGCACGAAACCCUGGUUAAUACAAGAAGCUCAACAAUAUCCCAAGCAGAAGUCUGUUUCAUACUUAAUGGGUCAUUUUUUUUGGAACAGGGGUCGCACCCUGAACUGGUCGCCGCGCAUCCGUGCGUCUUUACGCACGCACAGCGCGCUUUGGCACCGGUGGAGUAUUCAAAGGGUUAACGGUGUGUGAGGGGUGGGAGGGGGGACGGGACCCUCAAACAGGCAGGUACCAGCCCAAAGCCAAGCACUCACUUAAAAAUGUUCGAGUCCAACUUGUUGGGAUCAAGUCGUGCUGCACUCAUGUUUGCGCAUCUUUUUCCACGCGUAUGAUGUCCUCCUGCUCCCGCGGGUUCUUUUAAGCGUUCAAGCAACUUGUGUCUGUGUGGAAGUGCGCUCUAGUGCUGAGAUGUGGUGGAUGCUGUUUCCACGUGGGAUCUGUUUUGUGGCCAGUGUGUGGAUGGGGGUUCUGCCUCAUACCUCCUCACACGCGGGGAUGUGUCCUAACGAGAUGAACCCCAACCUAUGGGUGGACGCCAUGAGUACUUGUACAAGAGAGUGUGAAUCAGAUCAGGAGUGUGAAUCCUUUGAGAAGUGUUGCCAGAAUGUGUGUGGGAAUCAUAGUUGCGUGGCGGCCCGAUACGUGGUCGGGGAGAUAGGACCUGCGGCCGUGCCCAUGACGGCGACCUGUGCCGGCUUCACGUGCACCCAGCAAGGGGCGGAGUGCGACAUCUGGGACGGCCAGCCGCUGUGUAAAUGUCGGGAUCGCUGCGAGAGGGAGCCCCACUUCACGUGUGCCUCAGACGGUAUGACCUACUACAAUAAGUGCUACAUGGACGCCGAGGCGUGCUCCAAGGGUAUCAGCCUUUCUGUGGUCACCUGUCGUUUCCACCUGGCCUGGCUGAGCACGAGCCCCGCGGCGCCCCCGGUGACCACUCUCCGCCCGACGACCACCUCCUGGCGAGUGAUGGUCCCGCCUCCUGCCGAGCCUCAGGCGCCUAUGGUCUUGAGCGCCCCCGUUCACCAGACUGUAAACGUGGGCGACACGGCCAGCUUCUCGUGCGACGUAACCGGGGCCCCCCCGCCCGAGAUCACUUGGGAGAAAGAGCUUUCCGAGGGGGUGGACAAGGUGGUCAUGGGGCGCAAUCACGUCCAAGGGAAUAUGGUCGUCACCAACGCCGCUCAGCUGGUCAUCUACAGUGCCAAAAUGCACGACUCGGGCGUCUACACCUGCACAGCUCGGAACCCGUCUGGCUCGGUGUGGGCCCACCACGCGCUCACGGUGCUGCCCGUGGAGCCCUCAAAGAGUCCAGAAGCUAUUAACUUGACCCGCUGCCCCACUGAGGAGUGUCUCAAAGCACCCGACAAUCCCGACGUCUGCGGGAGUGAUCUUGAAAUAGUAAGCUGGUUCUACCAUUCGCUAAGCAACCACUGUAUUUCUUUUACUCACUGCCGUAGCAGCGGGCAACAGCCGAGGAAGUGGUUUGAGACCUACGACAAGUGCAUGCGAUGUUGCGGUCCCCAAGUGUCGGCCCCCUGCGACCUCCCCACUCUUCAAGGCCCUUGUAAGGCCUAUGAACCACGGUGGGCCUACAUCAGCAGCCUGCACCGAUGCCAGUCAUUCAUCUACGGAGGAUGCGGGGGCAAUGACAACAACUUUGAAUCCAAAGAAGCAUGCGAAGAGAUGUGCCCCUACCCAAAAAGCCACAAUUGCAAAACGUGCAAACCCAGAGGCAAGAUUGUGACCAGCUUCUGUCGCAGUGACUUUGUGGUCCUGGGACGCAUGACAGAGUUUGCAGAGGAGAAAGACUCUGGCCACGCUCUCGUGACUGUAGAGGAGAUCCUCAAGGAUGAGAAAAUGGGCCUCCGCUUUUUUGGUAACGAGCCUCUGGAGGUGAACUUUAUUAACAUGGACUGGAAUUGCCCGUGCCCCAACAUAACGAGCGCCGCUGCCGAGGGCCAGGUCAUCAUCAUGGGGAACGUUAGCGAAGGCAUGGCUGUGUUGCAGCCGCACAGCUACGUGGGGGCCGCCAGUCCUCGCCGCGUCCGAAAACUUCGAGAUGUCAUCUCUCAGAACACGUGCGAUAUUCUCAAAGCCAUCACCAACAGUCCGUAAACACGUCAAUAAAACUACACAUCUUUGGAGAUUUAUUAUACAACAUAUCUGUAAAAAAAAAAAAAAAAUGGCCCACUAUUUACCAAAUACAACAAUUGCUCGUAAGAAGAGGAGCAGUAAUAAUGUAAGAGUUUAUAUUUUUAUAUGCAAAGUGCUCCAUACCGUUACCCUUGUAAACAGAUUUUUACUGAGCACAUUUAAAAAUAACAAUGACAGAAUGACAGACUGACGGAUCGAGCCAGCCUGAAAUAUUGACUGAUGAUUGAUGACGGACUUUCGGGUCUACCGCUGAUAAAUGAUGGAAGUUCUCUGUCUGCUUUAUAUUUAUUAGAAUGUAAACUCAUUAUAUAUUUUUGUAACACGUUGUUCAUGAAAUGAAAUGUGGCAUUUUUUUUGUUGUUGUAAAUUUGAAGAAAAUAAAAGAUUUGGGAGUGAUUUUAA